GCAGCUUGCGCGGCGCCUGAGGCGGGCUGACCAGCGCUUCUUCAGGCCUUCGGCGCGGCGGGGCGGCAGCUUCGUCCCCGCGACCCGAGCGCUCACCUCGCCUCGACCGCACCAGACUCGUCCUGCCCGUCCCGGGCCGAGCGCCGGCGCCAUGUCAGCCUACCCCCGGAGCUACAACCCGUUCGACGAGGACGCGGAGGACGAGGACGCCCGGCCGGCGCCGUGGUCGGACAGCCGCGACCUCGCGGACGGGCCCGGCGCGCCCGCCGACCGGCAGCAGGCCCUGCGGCAGGAGGCGCUGCGCCGCGCGGAGGCCACGGCCGCCAGCACCGGCAGGUCCCUGUCGCUCCUGUACGAGUCCGAGAGGAUCGGAGUCGCCUCCGCCGAGGAGCUCGUGCGCCAGCGCGGGGCCUUGGAGCGCACAGAGAAGAUGGUGGACAAGAUGGAGCAGGACCUGAAGACCAGCCAGAAGCACAUCAACUCCAUCAAGAGUGUGUUCGGGGGGCUCGUCAAUUACUUCAGGUCCAAACCCGCCGAGACCCCGUCUGCACAGAACGGCACGCUCACCCCCCAGCCCAGUGGCAGAUUGAAAGAGGCCAUCAACUCCAGUAAAGAGCAGGAGGCACAGUACCAGGCCAGCCACCCGAACCUCAGGAAGCUCCAGGACUCAGACUCCGUCCCUGGAGGGGCCGGUUCAGCUGUGAGCUCCGAGGCUUACCCGCGGAACCCGCACCUUCGCGCCUGUCACCAGAGGAUCGACAGCAACCUCGAUGAGCUGUCCGUGGGCCUGGGCCGGCUGAAGGACAUUGCGCUGGGAAUACAGACGGAGAUUGACGAGCAGGACGACAUCCUCGACCGCCUCACGAGCAAGGUGGACAGGCUAGACGUCAGCAUCACCAGCACCGAGAGGAAGGUGCGGCAGCUCUGAGGCCGAGGCGGACUUGCUGCCCACUGCGGCGAAGAGAUUUCAAAGGUCUUCUUUUAAACUCCCGAGAAACUUCACUUACUACUUCAAAAUGUGAUUUAACAUGUGUUUGCAGAUGUUGUAACAGAGUGGGUCUCGCGAGAUUUUGUUUAAAGGACGCGGGGCCCCCCUCCCCUCAGGACCCUGACCAGAGAGCUAUGGGCCGGGCAGCAGGCAGGCCGGCCAGCGUCUCCAUGUGCCGUGUGUCCCCCAGGCCGCCCACAGCAGAGUGCCAAGGGCCGCGAGACCGCAGUGCGCAGCGCUCCCCCGCCAUGAGCCCAUCGUGACCCUCUGAGCCCCAGGAGAGGCCAGCGGCAGGUUGGGGGUGGAGGGGGUGAGCGUCCUCACUGUUGCGUGGACAGACACCACCUCCUCCCCUCCCAGCCCCCGAACUCAGCAGGCAUUUGAUUUCAGGAGGAGGAGGGGCUUCAGACCUGCCCCGCUCACUGUGAUGCCUGGAAACACACACAGGGAGCAGGCGAGCCUGGGAGCAGGCUCAGGAGCAUGUGUGGCCCUGGCCCCAGGCUGCGUGGCCGGCGGGCCCCGGAGCGCACACGGGAGUGCCCCAGGGAGGUGCUCCGCCGAGCUGUCCGCCCUCAGGUCACCCGGACCGGGCCCCCGCGCAGCAGGGUUCACUCGGCGCCUGGGGUCCCCGGCCCGUCCAGGAUGCCCACCCUCUCUCCUUGCGCUGCCGGCCACACGCCUUGGCUCAUCACUUGGUUGUCUGUCCCCAGUUUUGGGACUGGAAUCCUCACAUGACAGACCGUGCCUGGAAGCGUUUGGCUUUUUAAAAGCCCGGAGGUUACUCUAACUGCCCUAGCGUGCUCUCACUUCUCAUUUUAUUAAAGAAGAAGAAGAAGAAUCGUUUUAAAGCACUAAUUAAAAUUGAUUUCUGAGCUUAAAUGAUUUCGUGUUGGUACCUCCAACAAAAUAAUUGAAGGCAUAAGGUCUUUUUAAACACAGAUUGUUUAAAAUGUUUUGAAGACAGUGAAAGGGACUGAUUUUGAUGAGACAGUGCAGGUCAGAAGCUUUAAAAUCACUGUGCCGUUACCUGGCCCGACACGGCGACGUCACCGCUUAGGCUCAGUCGCAGGCUAAUUUCAAAGCCCCUUAAAGCACAGAGACAGACCUGGAGGUCUGUCAGGCUGCAGUGAGGCCUCAGCACUUAUGCAGCAGUUCCGAUAUAAAAGUUCCACCCUUGAUGCCCGACCUUCCUAAAAACACUGACCACUUCUGCAGGUGACCACCUCUGCGGGCAGACACAGCUUUCUGUCAUGCUGCAGCCGCCUCGUGAGGCUGACCCAUGUCACUGUACCACUGGGAAUGUCCAGGACACGCGGUGGAAGGUGACCCGAUCCGCGUCUGCUAACCUCCAGCCCGUCGUGGUCUUUCUCCUGGUAACUGGAAAAAUGUUAAACGUCUGCUUAGCCCACACUGAACCUGUUCAGGGCACCUCCAGCAAAAAGGCUGCUCGGAAGCAUGACUGCAGCACCCGGCACCAGCCCUGGGUCUUCCUCCCCGACGCCUUCCCCCGUGGGUAUCGGGCUAACUUCCUGCUCAUCGCGCUCAGGUGUGGGCCGUUGGAGGUGAGCCAGCGCACCUGGACCCAAGCUUCUGCGCUGGCUCAGUAAACACGCAGAGGCCACUGCCUGCCUCUCGCAUCACGGGGUUCCUGACUGUACGGACUCGAGGCAACCGGCACCUUUGUGAGGCUGCUCUCCCCACGCCCCCGCCUCUCACCCCGGGCUGUGGAGGGGAGGUUGGCCUCACUCUUCUGGAAAUGUCCCCCCCACCACACACACACACAGCCCGUGUGUUUGGUUCCGUUCUUGUUCGAGUCCCGUAUUCCAAGGCCUGAGCCGUGUGCCAGCGGGCAGCUGCUGCACGGCCACCGAGGGGCAGCGCCGCUCCCCCAGCCGGCAGAGCCGCUCACGCUCCUGGAGCGCAAAGGAGGACCCACCUGAGGGGCCUGCAGAAGCCGCACGUGUCGGGACACGUGGUGACUAAGGAGAAGAGUCUGCCCUCUGGACGCACGUGUCAGGAGACCCGGGGGUGCUGGGCCGGGACCGCCGCCUGGCCACGAGGGGUCCGAAAGACAGACCUGGAUUUCCACGGUCCAUCUGGAAACACACCGUGCCUUCCCAAGAGCAGCUUUCCUGACUCGAGGCUGGCUCCACGUCACAUGUGCUUCAGACCUAGAGGCAAGAGUCCCUCCUGGGGCAGCGUUCGGACCCCGGGUGGGCUGUCGUGGCCUCUGGGCGUCUUUUCUGUGUCUUGUGGCCUAGGAGACCCGCACUUAGCGUGGACAGCACAAGGGAAGCGUGUCUUCACCUCGCUCUCUCCUAUUUCUCUGUGAAUAACGUGAUUCUAAGCGUACACUACACCGGUUUAGUGGAAAUCGUACAGUUUGCCUCCGUGAGCCUUUGCAGAAUCGUUGACGUUACCGGUGCUGUUACGCAUUUCCCGCUCUGAUGAGUACAAAUGACGAGCGAGGCGUUCAAAGCGCACCCGAGCGGGACUCCUGCCCACAGUCAGUGGCAGAGCAGCUCCCGCGCUUCAUGCCUUCAACGCAACAAAUGACCAUAGUCCUUGAAAUAAAAUGUGAUGUUUUUAAUCAGA